GCAGGAUGCACGAAUUACUCUCAACUUCAUCCAAGUCCAUGAUGAUAUUUGGGUCUCUUUCACUUUCUCCUCGCCUUCGUAGUCAGCCUAAUACACGUCCAAACCCCUGCUUUCUCGGGAUCACUCUUCGCUGAGGGAAUUUCCGUCAAGUGAAAGCGGGAGAGACUUUUUUACGCAAUGCUAUUUUUGACUAGAACUCUUUCCCCUUUUCAUUUUGUCCUUAAUUUAAAAUAGUCCCCUAAACCCUACAGAAGGCCGCAAUUUUUAGUGGCCAAAAAGUAGACAAACAUUGCUGCGUUUUGACCCCAAAGCAACAUCUUUCCCCGUAGAGGUUUUUUAACAGUUUUUGAAUUUAGUUUUUUAGUCAUGCUUUAACAAGUGUUUUUUUGUAUAAAGUGCACUGCUGGCUGGGACACAAUGUUUAAAAAAGUGCCAAGAUUUUUGUCGUGGUAGUAUUUUUAUAAACUUUACCCCAUUCCCUCCCUCAUCUUAGUACACAGGACGCAAUGAUUCGAGGUGUCGGUCGUGGAUUCAUUUCCGGUUGGUGGGGCGUUGUUAUGAUAGUGUUGGCGUUGGGAGCCGUGAUGCUUUGUUGUUUUUGUUGGUGUUGGGGGUUCUACGACAAACGAAGAAGGAGGCUUAGUUUAGCUCAACAGGCAGAUUCAGAAUUGACCCUAAGAGAAGAUAGUCCAAAGUUUUUAAAGCUACUCGCCAAUAAGGAGAACGUUAGACGACAUAGCAAUAUCAAUAUCGAAAAUCAAGAAUUCAAAAACUGUGUGGUGGAGUACAGCGGUUCAAUUUGUCCAUAUCCACCUGAAAAUGCAAACUCUGCUCGGCUAUUUAGUAAUAUUCCCAUCCCACUUUAUGAUGGUUGACAAAUUAAGUAUGUGCAUACAAUUAUGCGAAUAGUAAGUAAGUAAUGAAGAAAGACGGCCUACACGAACGAACCCAUCAAUCGAAUAAUCAUUGAAAAAGCAUCAACACUUUGAUUAAAACAAUCAUGUGCCAAUCUUUGAUAAUAUUUAUUGAAAUUGAAACAGUACACGUAGAAAGAAUGAAAUGUUCUCGUUGACGAAAACUUACAAUCCAUCCGAUUGACUCCGCCAUUGUAAGGUAUAGACUAAAUUUGUCUAUAUCUACUUAUUUUCAGGUGGAGUUGAUUUUUCCACUAUGUAAAAGUAAACGCUUUAAAAAAUGCAUGCGCUAAACAAAUAAACGCGAAAUCGUCCGUGUCCAAAUCAAGAAUUAAGUAUUGUACAUACCAAACGACUCUGAACUGAAAUACAUUUAAUAAACAAGUAUAGCAGAAAUAGCAGUCAGCUAGUCUUAUCUUGACAGUGAAUCAGAUUAUAUAGAUAUUUAUAUAAAUAUGUAGGUCAAAAAAUAUAUAAAUAAAUACAUAUUGUAUAUUCGGGAAAAAGUAACUUCUCUUUCCAGAAAGGAUGACUAUAUAUACUUUUAUGUAUACUUACCUAUUAGAUGUACAUACAUACAGUGUAAAUGUUGAGGGGUUUCAACGGCUAUGACACGUAUGCAAAAUUAUGCAUAAAAACAAAAAGUGAGAUAAGUGCUUGUGGGUUGGUCAUUAAAGGUGGAAUAAGUUUGGAGUGAUAUGGUAAAUAAUAACAAGGGUCAAUAAGAGCAAAGUGCGUGGUCUGAAUUUAUGUA